AUGCACAACCCUCGAGCUUGGACAUUCAUUUCUGACAAACAAAAGGGUUUGGUGGAUUCCAUAAGUCAAUACUGUGAAAAAGCGGAGCAUAAGUGUUGUGCUAGACAUCUUUAUAGCAAUUUCACCUUGGCGCACAAAGGUCUAGCACUUAAGAACCUAUUUUGGACUGCGGUAAGGGCAACAACAGUACCAGAGUGGAAGAGUGCAAUGAAUGAGUUAAAAGACAUAAGUGAAGAGGCUUACAACUGGUUCCUUGAAAAACCUCAUUCCCAAGACAGGCCCAUCAUCUCGAUGCUAGAGAAAAUUCGGCAUCAGCAAAUGAUAAGGAUGAAUGCAAAAAAGGAAGUGCCACAGAGGUGGGAUCAUGCAUUCGUGCCAAGAAUUGUGAAAAUCAUUGAGAAUGCUAAGUCUGAGGCAAGGUACUUGAAGGCAGACUAUGCAGACAACCAUAAAUUCGAGAUAAGCAGCAGAGACGGUUUGAGGUGGAGCGUUGACUUGACAAAACAUGCAUGUGCAUGCAGAAAAUGGCAGCUCAUUGGAAUACCAUAUCCCCAUGCAAUAUCAGGCAUGCUUUCAAGGGAUAUUGGCAUAUAUGAGUACAUCGACCCAUGGUAUAGCAAGGAAACAUACCUCAAAUGUUACUCCCCAGUUAUCCACCCGAUGUCAGGGCCUGAACUAUGGCCAGAAUUUGGAAAGCAUCCUCUCAAUCAAUCUCAGAAGAGAAAACAGGCUGGCAGACCCAAAAAAAUGAGGAAGAAGUCACAGGCAGAGCCACCUACAGGCGUUGAGAUGGGAAGGACUGGCAUGAAGAUGAUGCGUAAACGCUGUGGAGGGUCUGGACAUAACAAAAGAAGCUGUAAGGAGUCACUGCCUGGUGAAGAUAGUUCACAGCAACAGUCUCAACCAACCACACAAACAAAGUCCCAAGAAGAUACACAUACUAGAUCAGCGAAGGGGAAGAGAAAAACACAUUCAACGGAAACCUCCAAGUCACAGACAAAGAAGUCCAACAAUAGAGGAUCAUUUGGUACUCUGCCUGAAACCAUUAGACAAGGUUUGGUAUUGAUUCUGCGAAUCAUUAUAAGGUUUAGUACCUAUGCUGCACCUUCUUCAGAUAAAUUUGAAGUGUAA